AUGUCGCGCCGGUCAUUCGCUGCUUCGGAUUCGUCUCAAGUGCGAGCCUUCGGCGACUUCCAGUCGCGCGGCCCCCAUACCUUACAGCCUGAGGUAUUUGGAUCUGAGUUUUACGCCAAACAUUCCACCACCAAGGGCCUUCGGGGGCUCCAGCAGCGGGCCAAGGUCGAUGGAUGCUCGACCACCAUCGACGCUACUGGCCAACCAUCGCUCGUUGGGAAGUUCGCUAUCUUCGUGGUCUGCGCGUUCUUUGUACUAUGGAUAGUACGAUGUGCCGCUGAGAUCAUCUUCACUCUUGUUCCCUUUGCCGGCCUGGUAUGGUUAGUGUUCGGUGGGUUCCAGGUGCAUGAGCAGCAACAGCAGUCAGCUCAGCCGUCACCGAUUGUAGACGACGACACGUCUUGCGGUGUUUGUACGACUGGAGACAUCGUGCCCUUAAUUGAGGCAAUGAUCCUCGACCGACAGACCGCUCAUGAAGAGUCCAAAGUGCCACAGUGGUUAGCCAGCUUUCGGGAUAUGUCUGCAGGCAGCGACCAGUGGAUGUCGUCUCUUGGAAACGAAGAGAAUCUGCCUCUCACUACCGCCAUCGCACCAAGUGUUCAAGGAUCUACCGGGAUCUCCCACACUACCGAACCCCAGUGCGAAAUCGUCGGAGAUGAAGACGCUGUCGAAGCUGCUUGCUCCAGCAGUGACCAGAUAGCAGCAAUUCAGCGUCAGCAUGGCAACCUUGUCUUCAAUGACACUGAUCAGUGGGCCCCGGGUGGUCGACUUUACAACGAACGUCUGGCCAAUCAUCUUGAGCCUAUCUUCAUUGAUGGUGAUGGUCAGACAUACGAGGAUGUGGACGGCUGGUUUGGACGACCUGUCAAAGCAGAUGCGCUGGACAUCCGCUUCCUACUACAGGCUUUGGCGCCGCAUCUUUCCGACGAUCUGAAAGCCGCGAUUGGAGCCCAGUCUCUGGAUACGCUUAUCAAGACUCGAUUAAAAGACGGCGAGAAUGCCCUCCUUCAGGAGCUCGAAUUGCAAUGGCUUCUCAUUUGUCCUGGUACUAUCGUCGCGCCCGGUUCACCCAUCAAGACAUUGCAGGACGUCAAACGCAUCAUCGAGGGGAACCGGAAGAAGUUUACCCCUGCAUGUCACUUUGAUGUACGCCAUUAUGUGGGACUGGAUCACCCUUGCCGACCAUAUCUCACGGAAUAUGAAGAGAUGGCGAUCAACGAAGGCAUCGCAGACUACAACAUGCGUAACUGGAACAUCGACUUCAAACCUUCAUUCAUUCGUGAAGCCACGAAGGGCAAACCAGAGCACGCCUUGCUCGAAAGCUACGAGCGGAUACCCGACUGGAUGGAAGAUAUUGACCAAGGCGACCUACUUGAUCCAAAUGUUUUCCAUGAGUGUCCAUGCGGACAAGUCGCCAUGUCAGCACUCGGCAGUUACCGCGACGAAAAGGAGCACAACUACAAGGAGAUGAAGGGCUUUGAAUCAGCUUUCCCGAUGGAAGUCCUCGACGGUAGCGAACUCCACGAUGCCAUGGCUGGCCUGGUGUUAUUUCGUCAUCUUUCCGAGCAUGCGACACCGCCUCGUUCCCAGGAGAUCGUUCAGAACUGUGAGGUGCACAGGACGAUCACGAACAACAUAUUUGUUCUAGUCGACACAUCAGUUGAAGACAUCAACGAGCGCAUCAGCCAUCCUGGUGGUUUACUUCCUGCUCCAGGAAUGACGUCCUCGUUCUACCCUCCCGGUUUUCAGACUACCAUCGGUUUCUCGGAGAUUCCUUACCGUCUGCUCCCCCCUCGGUGUGAGCACGGUCGCUUGCAUCAACUUGAGUUUACGCCUCAGACGAUGGCGAGCAGGAUGAUGAAUACGAGUCAGAUCGGCUGUACACACUGCUUUCCGCACGGCCACAUCGUUACUCGAUGCCAGGAGUGUCUAGAGCAUUGCUAUGCUCUGGCUGAGCCGCACGGCAUGUGGGGGCAGCUCGAUGCCGCAUAUCAUCCGAUGGUAGACUUUGCUCAAGAGCAACACCAGGGUCACGACUUGGCACAGAAUGUGCAAUCUAGGCGGGCUAAAGCGUUGAUAGCUGGCAAUGCGCGUGCCGCUCCUAUCCCAGCCGGUAUGCCCUUCCUUGUCCCUCUUAUUAGAUCUCCAGCUGACCUCAUACCUGCAGUUCGACAGCAGUAUCACGACUUCCCCAUCAACUCAGAUUUCGAGGCUGCGAUGCAGCGCGCAAACUGGGAAUGA